AUGGACGAGACCGCUUACAAUAAAAAACCUCUGCUCAUGAGGGAUGGAGGGAAAGACCACGUACCCAGUACAGGCAAAAAGACCCUAGACAUCAUCCCUACAGAGCCUCCCCGCAUCACUCUGAUUAUGAGCGAAGGUAUGACAGCUCAAGGUCUAACCCAUCUUCUCCAGUUAUCCAGAGAAACCGGGUCACUACCAGGCAUUCUCCUAGGAGGUUUCAUGGAGAGUCUCAGCUGUCAAAAAGCCAUUCUCAAGCCUCAAAGACGCCCUCUCCAAAACCACCUAGAGAACCUAUGA